AUGGGGGAAUGGAUUGAGGGUGAAUGGAAAUGGAAAUGGAAAUUGUUGUGGAUCCGUGAGCUAAUGGGAAGAGAACUUGACCAGCUUGAAGACUUGCUUUCGAAAAUUCAAAAUUGUUGUCUGGUUGCAGGAGUGAAGGAUGGCUGGAGAUGGAAAGCUUCUCCAAAUGGGCUUUACUCGGUUAAUUCUGCCUACAAAAUGAUGAGUUGUGUUGCAUGUUCCUUGUCGGCUAGCAGACAAGUUGAAGAGUGGAGCUUCAUUUGGAAAGCUCCUGCUACAUACAAGGCGAUCACAACAGCUUGGAAAGUUUUGAAAGGGAGAGUUCCUACUUGUGACAAUCUUCGCAAGCGACAAGUGAUCAUCCAGGAUUCGGAGGAGCUUUGUGUUUUCUGCAAAGGGGCAGAUGAAACCAUUGACCACCUUUUCUUCGAAUGCCAGGAAACUGAAGAAAUUUGGAGUCAUAUUUUACGAUGGGUGGGGAAACAAUCAGCUAGACAUCAUAAGGCGAAAGAUCAUCUGUUGGCUUUUGUUAAUCUUGGAAACAAGAAGGACGCUUCUUUUCUUCUCGGAGUUUGGAUAUGUACGAUUUGGUGCCUUUGGAAAGGGAGAAAUGAAUGUAAAUUCAAUCAAGGUACGUGGAGCAAAGAGAGAAUGACAGCAGAGAUCAAGAUCAGGCUAUGGGGGUGGAGGACAGCUUUCAAAGUGUCUUCCUCUCCUUUGGAUUUCAGGCGGUGGAUUGUUGCGGUGAACUUGGAUGGAUAG